GCGCGGCCUGGCGGCAGAGGUGGCGGCUUCGGCGGGGCUGGUGGAGCGGUGAUGGCGGACCGAGGAGGCGGUGGUGGCGCUGGGGCUGGCGGCGGCGAGGGAGACGCGGGGGCGGCGGCGGCGGCGGCGGCGGAGCGGUACAAUAAUGAGAUCAGAAUGGCUCAGCAGCAAGCACUGAGAUUUCGUGGCCCAGCUCCCCCACCAAAUGCUGUCAUGAGGGGUCCACCACCUCUCAUGCGUCCACCUCCACCUUUCGGCAUGAUGAGAGGUCCACCUCCACCACCUCGUCCCCCCUUUGGACGUCCUCCGUUUGAUCCUAAUAUGCCUCCAAUGCCACCUCCAGGAGGGAUUCCUCCACCAAUGGGGCCUCCACAUCUACAGAGGCCACCAUUCAUGCCUCCUCCCAUGGGUAGCAUGCCACCGCCUCCUGGUAUGAUGUUUCCUCCAGGGAUGCCACCUGUCACUGCCCCUGGAACUCCAACUAUGCCACCCACUGAAGAAAUAUGGGUAGAAAACAAGACUCCAGAUGGCAAGGUCUAUUUCUAUAAUGCACGAACGCGCGAGUCUGCAUGGACCAAGCCUGAUGGGGUAAAGGUUAUUCAGCAAUCGGAACUGACGCCAAUGCUGGCUGCCCAGGCUCAGGCCCAAGCCCAGGCCCAAGCCCAGGCCCCAGGUGCCUCCACACCAACAACCAGUAGUCCUGCACCUUCAGUGUCUCCAUCAACCUCGUCAGCUACUCAGUCCUCCAUGACUUCUACUACAACCACAGCCACUUCACUGUCACAGACCAUUUCCACACCAACAACACAAGACCAGACCACAAGUUCAGGUGUUUCAGUUGCUACAUCUUCAGUUAGUGUUUCAACCUCCGCUCCUUCUGCUACACCUGUGCAGACUGUACCCCAGCAAGUCCCACAGACGUUGCCUCCUGCAGUUCCUCAUGCAGUACCUCAGCCAACAGCAACAAUUCCUGCUUUUCCACCCGUAAUGGUACCUCCAUUUCGGGUUCCCCUUCCUGGCAUGCCUAUUCCACUUCCAGGUGUAGCAAUGAUGCAAAUAGUCAGCUGCCCGUAUGUAAAGACAGUCGCUACCACCAAGACCGGUGUCUUGCCAGGAAUGGCCCCUCCUAUUGUACCUAUGAUCCAUCCUCAGGUUGCUAUUGCCGCUUCACCUGCUACUUUGGCUGGAGCAACAGCAGUCUCUGAAUGGACAGAGUACAAAACAGCAGAUGGGAAGACUUACUAUUAUAACAAUAGGACUUUGGAAUCAACAUGGGAAAGACCCCAAGAACUGAAAGAGAAAGAAAAAGUAGAAGAGAAGAUUAAAGAGCCUAUUAAAGAACCUACAGAGGAGCCUUUGCCAAUGGAGACAGAAGAAGAGGAACCCAAAGAAGAACCUAUAAAAUUGCUAAUAAAGGAGGAACCAAAAGAGGAAGAAAUGACUGAAGAAGAAAAAGCAGCUCAGAAAGCAAAACCAGUUGCAACUACUCCUAUUCCUGGAACCCCAUGGUGUGUGGUAUGGACUGGUGAUGAGCGGGUUUUUUUCUACAACCCAACCACUCGUCUCUCUAUGUGGGACCGGCCAGAGGACUUAAUCGGAAGAGCUGAUGUGGACAAAAUUAUUCAGGAACCUCCUCACAAAAAAGGAAUGGAAGAAGGAAAGAAACAAAUUAAAGAAGAUCAUGAAUCAGCAGAGGAAACAAAUGAUGAUGAGCCUAUUAAAACAAAGAAGCGGAAGAAAGAUGACAACAAAGACAUUGAUUCAGACAAGGAGGCUGCCAUGGAAGCUGAAAUUAAAGCUGCACGUGAGAGGGCUAUUGUCCCACUGGAGGCUCGAAUGAAACAAUUCAAGGAUAUGCUGCUAGAGAGAGGGGUUUCUGCCUUUUCAACCUGGGAGAAGGAGCUGCACAAGAUAGUUUUCGAUCCUCGGUACUUGCUUCUCAAUCCUAAAGAAAGGAAACAGGUAUUUGACCAGUAUGUGAAGACCAGAGCAGAAGAAGAGCGCAAGGAAAAAAAAAACAAAAUAAUGCAGGCCAAGGAGGAUUUCAAGAAAAUGAUGGAAGAAGCAAAGUUUAAUUCAAGAGCUACUUUUAGUGAAUUUGCAGCCAAGCAUGCUAAAGACUCGAGAUUCAAGGCAAUUGAAAAGAUGAAAGAUCGAGAGGCCUUGUUUAACGAGUUUGUCACAGCAGCAAGAAAGAAGGAGAAAGAAGAUUCGAAGACCAGAGGUGAGAAGAUUAAAAUGGACUUCUUUGAACUACUGUCUAAUCACCACUUAGACAGUCAGUCUCGCUGGAGCAAAGUGAAGGACAAAGUAGAGACUGACCCCCGUUACAAAGCAGUGGAUAGCUCUUCACAGAGGGAAGACCUUUUUAAACAGUACAUUGAAAAAAUAGCUAAGAAUUUAGACUCUGAAAAGGAAAAGGAGUUGGAAAGGCAGGCUCGCAUUGAGGCAAGUUUGCGUGAACGAGAAAGGGAGGUUCAGAAAGCUCGUUCUGAGCAAACCAAGGAAAUUGAUAGAGAACGUGAACAACACAAACGAGAAGAGGCUAUCCAGAAUUUCAAAGCGCUUCUAUCUGAUAUGGUGAGAUCUUCAGAUGUGUCAUGGUCCGAUACUAGGAGGACGCUCCGAAAAGAUCAUCGGUGGGAAUCUGGCUCCCUGCUAGAAAGAGAAGAGAAAGAGAAGCUUUUUAAUGAACACAUUGAAGCACUUACCAAAAAGAAGAGGGAGCAUUUUAGGCAACUUUUGGAUGAAACUUCAGCGAUUACUUUAACAUCAACAUGGAAAGAAGUGAAAAAAAUCAUUAAAGAAGAUCCCAGGUGCAUUAAGUUCUCUUCCAGUGACAGGAAAAAACAAAGGGAGUUUGAAGAGUACAUCAGAGACAAAUACAUUACUGCCAAAGCUGACUUCAGAACGCUAUUGAAAGAGACCAAAUUUAUAACGUACAGAUCCAAAAAGUUGAUCCAAGAAUCCGACCAGCACCUGAAAGAUGUAGAAAAGAUUUUACAGAAUGACAAGCGUUAUCUGGUACUUGACUGUGUGCCAGAGGAGAGGCGGAAGCUCAUAGUAUCCUAUGUAGAUGACCUGGACCGCCGAGGUCCCCCUCCACCUCCCACAGCUUCAGAGCCUACAAGACGAACAACAAAAUAAUUAUGAAAUACUCUCACAAUGGGGUGUCUGUUAAUUCAAAAGCUUGCAUGAGCCAUCUGUCCGGUUUUUACAUCUACAUUACCGUGAACGAAUAUUGAAAACCAUCUGAGGAGCAGAGGAAGCAGCAGCAUUUGUGAACAUAAAAUGGUCUCUGUGCAAAGAGAACACUUAAGAUAUUUAUGCUUUUCUUUGUGUGGCAUGACUGACAAAAAUCCCAACCAUGCAGGCUGUGUCUAGUAAUUUUAGAUAUCAGAACAGUGGACUAUCUGUAUAUGAGGUGUGGAUGUCCGUGAUAUUUGGAGGCAUUCUUUUCAGCAGUGUUAUAUAUGCAAGUCUUAAGGAUGAUUGACAUUUGUGGUUUGAACUAAACUACACAAGUACCACAAACUUCCUCCUAAUGGUUACCCCAGUUCAUCUGUUUUAACAGGUGAAACACUGUCUCAAGUUAAACUAUUGAGUGCUGAAGGCUACAGUAAAAAAAAAUUCUCUUAAAUCUGAAAACAAAUGGCCAGAUUCUCUAUUUGCUUUCACCCUUAUAAAUCAGAAUUAAGUCUAUUAAAGUCUAUAGAGUGACAGUGAUGUGAGUGAAGAAUUAGGCCCACAGAGACCAAAUUAAACAUCAUUCUGAAUUUGUUCACGGGUCUGCUUUAUUUCCUCCUCCCCCUCCUCUACCCCUCUGAAGUACAGGCAAAAUCAGGUUUCUUUUGUCCAAGUGAAGAUUUGUCUGAUAAUUUUUUGCUCAAAAUUGGAAACACAGUAAAUAACAAUGGUUCCCAGAACAGGACGGUUGUAUAAACAUAUUUUUAUUUACCAUAAAGUGAUCUUUACUGAUUUCUGGAUUAGACAGUGGAUUUCCCUUCUGGGUAAUUCUUGUAAACUAUACUCCUGUUAUGAAUGUUAAACUUGUGUUUCUAAAGUUUAAUUUUGAAAUGUUGGGAUUGUUUAGUUUAUGUAUUUGAACUACAAUAAACCAACCCUUUUUAUA